GUUUCGAGGUCAGUCUUCAACUCAGUGAGUAGACCAUGUUCGUUGCUCUUCUCUGCUUCAUCAUCACCUUCGAUAUCAAGCCUGGUCAUGGGGCUGACAUCAUUGGGGGGACAGAGGUUCAACCUCACUCUCUUCCCUUCAUGGCUUUUGUGAAAUCGCAGAAACAUUUCUGCGGGGGAAUUCUGAUCAACUCGCAAUGGGUUCUGACUGCUGCACACUGUUCUAUGCCUGAAAAAAUUGAAAAAGUGACUGUCGGGCUUCACUCUAUCAAAAGAGGGGAGGAUGAGAAUCACAAGCAGGAGAGAGGAGUGAACCGGCAGGUGAUCCAUCCCGGUUACAACAAUGAAAUGUUUGACAAUGACCUCAUGUUGCUGGAGCUUGAAAAUCCAGUGGUUGAGACAGAGACAGUGAAGUGGCUCACUUUAGGGAAAGGUGGCGAGUAUCCUGAAACCGGUAUGAAGUGUCUGGUUGCAGGAUGGGGAAUUACCAACUACACCCUUCAGACACGGACCAACGUGCUGUUGUCGGCCACUGUAACCGUGAUUGACAGGCAGACGUGCAACUCUCCGAUGUAUUACGACCAUGACCCAGUUAUCACCACAGGCAUGAUUUGUGCUGGUGCUACUGGAGAUGACCACAGUGACACUUGCGCUGGUGACUCCGGUGGGCCGUUGCUGUGUGACAAUUCUCUGGUUGGUGUCACUUCUUUCGGGUUUGACUGCGGCGUCCCUGACAAGCCGGGCGUGUAUGCUUACAUCUCCAAGGAUCGACUCGAAUGGAUCCGGCAAACAGUUGAAAAUUAAGAUCGAGUUCAAUAAAUUAACUUCUCGCGUCAUUCUUGUUGAAUGAAUUGACUAUAUAACAUAUAGUUAAUGAACAACAAUUCAUUUGUCCCUUUAUUAAAUGCAUCCGACUUCAAAAAUAUUUCAAUCAUUUAACAUCUACGUUUUGCCAAAUAUGUGCACUGGGCUGGACAUCAACUUGCAGUGAAAAAUUGUCCAUAUUCAGUUGAAGUUGGGAUAUAUAUUUGGUCUAUUUAUUUUUCACUGUGCUAUUUUGGAUAGUUUGGCCUGAACUCAAUGAGUAGCAUUGCAAAUCGCAACCUCCCUCUGUCUCAGCAUGGUUCAAAACACUUCAGGAUCAGGAUUUAAGUGGAUUUGAUGUUUGUUUCUGCUUUUGAACUUGUGUUCAGUUUAAGUCUUUAUGAUCCACCAACAUGGGUCCAAUAUAUAGAAUGAGUUACAACAGCUAGAUAGUUAUAUUGUAUUGACAUCCUCCAUAAUGUUUCUAAAAGAUUUAGAAGUUCUUUCUGUAAAUGAAUCAAAUAUUAUGCAGUUAUAUAUCUAUCUACAUUUUUCUGUCUUCUUGAUUCAGUUGAUCUUGUUUCUUGAACUACAUUGUUUCUCUUUAUUUUUUUCUCUAUACAAUAUAAUAUUUUUUGCCUCCUUUUUAAAAUGUGUCCGCCGUGUCCAAAACUGUCUUAAUAAUCCUCAUCCUUUAAAAUCCAUAAAAAUCCAUCACACCAAUCCUGUUGUUUAAAUUAACACAAUCUUCAAUGAACGAUCAACUAUUUAACUAUUCCAUUCAUAAGAUCGUUAUUUGUAAUUUCCAAAUCUAUCAUGCUUUGCUUGGUAAUAUUUUGUUCUUUUCUGUUCAUGACUUUUUUUUUAUAUCACUGUUUAUAUCAGUUAAAUCAUUGUUAUUCAUUAAAAUAAUU